UCAUGCAACCCUCCGUCUGUCACUCAACACCACAGUAUCUCCUCCUUGCUUGGCAUCAGACUGGUGUGUGUGCCGACCUUGUUCCAGCGACGAACUACCCGAAAGCCAGCUGUUUACAGCGAAUACAUUUCUGGCAAAAGCCACCGGUCCGGCACGCAUUUUAUCAUCUCGUACGGGCUGUGGUAGUAGCCGUAUAUUUAACCGUCAAAAUGAGUCAGGAUGUGAUGGGGUGCUGCCCUGCUACCGCUAGCUAGGCGGACAAAUUCCUUUAACCAGCUUGCUGUUUCAAUCACUGCGGGUUGACACAACAUUAGCUGAGGCGUUUUUAAGUGAGCUAGCGGGCUAUCGAGGCUGCUCUCGUGGUCGUUACGUCUAAUUUAGCCAAAGUAAGCUAAUGUAACUUAGCUAGUUAGCUACUUAGAAAACGGGCGCAUUGCUGCGGCGUAGUGCAACAACGGUUAUCACUCUAAUGUUAGCUACAAGCAAGGACGACUACUUUUUCUAACGUGAACUAGCUAGCUAGCUAACGUUGGUGAGCCUGCACAGAAAACAACUGUUACGGGGUUGGAUGUCGCGACACUGCAGCUUUGAACCACUUUUGGCGGAUUGGGAAGAUAGAAUUGGACCACAGUGACAGAAGAAAAUAUAGAAUUGGACCACCAAUUAACAGUGGCUGUUAAUGAUACAAAUCUGGUGUUAAGUGGCUAAUCCGCGGCAGUUGCAGUAAUUUUAACAGUAACGUUAGCAGUAUUAAGGCAGAGCAUCUCGGGGAGGCCCCACCGUCUCUUGACUCCCUCCCCUGUCCGAAUCUCCCGUGAUUUGACGAGAACACCCCGGUGAAGUCGCAGUUGUUCUCGGCUGGGGGGACAACUUGACAGCGAGGCCCAUAGCUAGUCUCCCCUCCCCCAGUCCAUCCGUCCAGCCCAACAGACCACCUCCUCGCCUAAGAUCUAAGCGAGGACCGGGGAUUCGGGAUAAGCUGAAACCGUGUGUCGGGUCCCGUCUUAACCGGGCUGCCAAAACCAGAGGGGAUGACUCUGGAGUCCAUGAUGGCUUGCUGCCUUAGCGAAGAGGCGAAGGAGUCGAAACGAAUCAAUGCAGAAAUUGACAAACAACUGCGCCGAGACAAGCGAGACUCCAGGAGAGAGCUGAAAUUACUUCUUCUCGGUACGGGAGAAAGUGGCAAGAGCACCUUCAUCAAGCAGAUGAGGAUCAUUCAUGGAGCUGGGUACUCAGACGAAGAUAAGAGAGGCUUCAUCCGGCUUGUUUACCAAAACAUCUUCACCUCCAUGCAGUCCAUGAUCCGUGCCACUGAGACUCUUAAGAUCCCCUACAAAUUCGAACAGAAUCGGUCUAAUGCCAUGCUCGUGAAGGAGGUGGACAUUGAGAAGAUCAAUGGGUUUGACUAUCCCUACAUUGCAGCUAUCAAAUGCCUCUGGUCCGACCCAGGGAUCCAGGAGGCCUAUGACCGGCGCAGAGAGUACCAGCUCUCUGACUCCACUAAAUAUUACCUUAGCGAUAUAGACCGUGUGACUACAGAGGGAUACGUUCCCACCCAGCAGGAUGUGCUGAGGGUCCGUGUUCCCACCACGGGUAUUAUAGAAUACCCGUUUGACCUGGAGAACGUCAUCUUCAGGAUGGUGGAUGUUGGGGGUCAGAGGUCAGAGAGGAGGAAGUGGAUUCACUGCUUUGAGAAUGUCACCUCCAUUAUGUUUCUGGUGGCGCUGAGUGAGUACGACCAGGUCCUGGUGGAGUCCGACAACGAGAACCGUAUGGAGGAGAGCAAAGCUCUGUUCAGGACUAUCAUUACCUACCCCUGGUUUCAAAACUCCUCCGUCAUCCUCUUCCUCAACAAGAAGGACCUGCUCGAGGAGAAGAUCUCCUACUCACACUUGGUGGACUAUUUCCCAGAGUUUGAUGGCCCCCAGAGAGAUGCACAGGCAGCGCGAGAGUUCAUUCUCAAGAUGUUUGUGGACUUAAACCCAGACAGCGACAAGAUCAUCUACUCUCACUUCACUUGUGCCACGGACACUGAGAACAUCCGCUUUGUGUUUGCAGCUGUCAAAGACACCAUCCUACAGCUCAAUCUCAAAGAGUACAAUCUGGUGUGAGGGCCCACGUACGACGCACAGCUCCUCCCCCACCAUUGCACAAAUGCACACCUCUUUGGGAUUGUGCACUCAAGUUCACAUGCAUUACACAGCACACCAUGCACGCACGCACACACAUACAUACAUAUAUACAUCACGGAUGACCCUUUUUCCCCAGUACACUACAUUCACAAAUCCUUCCAUCUGCAAACGCCACCCUUCGUCUGUCACCAAAGCUCGCCCUUUUCCUCGGUCGCUCGGCAGCUUGUUGUGUCAGAGUCCCCGCUCCUCCCCCACGCUGCUCUGUGGUUUAGAUUUGGCCCCAACUGCUGGCUCUGGCACACAAACCUUUCACACGGACUGUACAGUGACGAGCGUGUGUGUGUGUACGUGUGUACGUGUGUGCGUGUGAGCAUUGACUAGCGAGGAGCUGUGUUUUGGUGAAUCGCGGCAUCAAACCCAUUUGGCCCUCUGGAGUAAUCCUCAGCAGUGUGAGAUCAGAUCCUUUCUGAGCUCCUAUCUGUGUGGAAGGAAGUAAAUACUGUAUCUCCUGAAACCAACUCAGAAAGCAGCGAGUGGCAUCAUGCUUCUUGGGACAGAGGGACUCGGUCCGGAGGUGAGGUCGCACGCUGGACACAAGGGGACCGGCUGAGGAUUCUGUCUCCAUCUCGCAUCUAUGAAUGUACCCACCAGUGUGAGCAUCGCAAUCUCAACAAAAAAAAUAAAUAGAAUUAUAUAUUAAGAAGUAGAUGAAUAUGUAAACAGAAUUAGGACAAACAGCACGAGAGGGCAAGACAUAGCUAAUCAAAAUCUGUUCAUUGCUGAGAUUUUUUAAAUGUUUUUAAUAAUAGAAAUUUGUUGCUGCGUCUACUUCUAUUUAACAAAUAACGGCUAAAAGGAACGGUGAUAAGAAGUGGUAAGAAAAUCUAUAAAAACUUUGCUAAACAAAGACCUCUAAAGAAAAGAAGCAACCAGAAAUUUACUUGACUUCAGUAUCCUUUAAAGAUUUCUGUGGGAUUUCUUUUUUUUUUUUUUUUUUUUUAUAACAUAUAAGUUAAUCACAUCACUUCCCUCCGCCAGAUGUGUUCUGUAUGGAUUCACAGGGACAAUCUUCCAUGCGACGUUCACAGCAUCUGGCUCCACUGAUACACCCCCACACUCUUAUUACAAAACACUAGUAGCGGGUGAGAGGACCCUGCUUGCGAUACAGGCUCCUCCUUGAUUGGUGGGAGCAGAUGUGGAGGGGAGCAUGAUGUCAUCAGUGUUUAUCAGCCCACAGAGCACAUCUGCAGCUCGGUCUGCAAGUAGCUUAUUUAGCAAAGUAAAAGCUGUAAAUUAAACACGCCAGCACCCCGGGGUGUAAAUGGAAUCCAUGCGGUAACAUCUCUGAUGGCGUCACACCUGCGUCACUCAGCCGUCCAAUCAGACACACCUCCUGAUGGUGACACAUCAGGAUGUGCUUCUGUUUACUUUAGUGUUUUGUUUUUUGUUUUUUUACUGUAUAGUCACUUUGUUUAUAUAAAGAUUGCUUGCUGUUGAGUGGUGAGAGGAAGCGGGGGGGCUAUGAACCUUUCACAGAAGACUCACUCUAAAGUCUGCAAAUGUUGUUUGUGUAUAUUCGUUUGUAAAUACAUAUACACAAAACACUCCUGUACAAAAACGCUCUGUGGUACACCAUCUUUGGCAAAAAAAAAAAACAGCAAAAAAAAAAAAAGUAUCAACUUCUUUCAUUAGCAUACAGUUUUUUUUCCUAUGAAUUUAUGGUAGUAGUUAUGCUGUGAUUAUGGAUUUUGUUAACUUGAUUAAUAGGACUACACAGAGCUGAGUGGUGUUGAGGAAAUGAUCGGCAAGGAGCAAUAGUCCGAGAAAAGAGGGUCCUCCCAACCGGCCUCAUGACUCCGAACUACUGCUACAGCUCUGGCUCCAGAGUAGAGUAUACUAACUAGGGCUGGUAUAAAAUCUUCACAGUAUGGUAACGAGAUGAUUUUAAGAGUAAUUAAAGAUUUCUUUUUUAUUUAUCUAAUUUAUGGACCAGGUUUGAAGGUGUUGAUAGUUUGACUGCUUUUGAUUCUGUCAUGUUGAAGUGCUCCCUUUUCUCAUGGCGGAGCCUACUUGAGUCUGAACGGCUGUAAAAAAAAAAAAAAAAAAGAAAAUAACAAAAAAACAAAUUUCUGGUAUAGUAAGGACUUUAUCUCUGCGUUCUAUUUCUUAUUGAGACAUUUCCAGUUGUUCUUCUCCAUCACAUCUCCAUCCAUGAUAAUAGUGUUUUUUAGGAGCCCUCACAUUUGUUUGAUUUUAAAAAGAAAAAAAGAAACUUGUAUUUUCUCUUGAUUUAUAGACGCAGCGCUGUAAUGCAAACCUAGAAAAAGUGUACAGUACCAACGUAGGUGGACUUUUUUUAUCAGUGAUUGAAGACCCACGCGGUCCAUGCUUGCUAUUUGUAAUUUUAACACAACACGUCGGUUUUUGCAUUGUUAAUUUCCAGUUUUUUGAGGCUUGCUUUUAUAGUGCCAGUGAAGUGCAGAAAUACUUUUUUGGUCUUUGACCUUUUCUACAGGUGACUUAUCCUUCAUCCUCAUUAAGGGCUAUCACAGUGCAUCAGUGUGGACUGUGUGGAGUGGAGUACAGGACCAUAGUGAACCAAGUCAUCCACUACUAAUCCUUGUUUAUGAAUGGAGAUUACUUGCAGUUUGCGCUAUAACAAGUAUAGGCAGGGUGUUAUUGCAAACAUACGGUGUAUGUGUAGAGAGUUUACCAACACUAAUCAGUUUUCUUUGUGUAUCUGGCCCAUUUAGUGGAUUAAGUGGACCCAGUAUCUGGCUCUUCAACCUUUUUACUACAACUUUUUUGUUUGCAUCGGUAUCACAGUGGUACCUGUAAUACCUCAUGCAGUAUAGAAACACUUUUCACUAAAGACACUACUACCAGGACAAGUAUUGCAUGUUUCCCCCAAGUAUUUGACUUAAUGACCAUGCUUGUGACUUUGCAUGUUUUAGCCCAUUAACUACAAAUUGCAUACUUUAUUGAUGACCAUUUCUCCAGUUACUAAAUUGAUUUACUAUGUUGCUAUUGGCUUUCGUACGUGCAAGUAAGGUUUGAAAAUUAACUUUAAACUUGAUUUUGAGAGAGAAUCCAUACCACAGUUGACAUUUUUUAUUUUUUUUUGUCAAGCUGCAUUAAUGUGCGAUAGUGGAUUAAAACUCUUGUUGCAAUCAAAGAAGCUCUGAUCAACUAAGGAAUGCACCAAUCAAAAUGUUAUUGUCCUGAUACAGAGUACCGAUCCAAUACUAGUGCUCCAUGUUUUUGGAAAUAUAUUAUUUUUAAAGUUUAAAAAAACACUGAGCCAGAAUUACUGACAAAUAAACUAUCGGCUGCGUCUGGCCGGCCUCAAUCGCUGGAUUGGUCCAGCAUAUCUGAUCAGCUGCUGAAAAAAUAGAGAAUCAGUUUAAAAAAAAUGGGAAGCAGUGAUGUAAAGUUUUAAGUUAAUGGGGCUAAAAUACAUAUGUUUUUCAAAACGCCAGUGUGGUCCUUAAAUGCCGUUUUGGUCUGCUGAAAAUGACGGUAACCUUUAGCAUUAGAAAGCAGACCACCAACCGUUAGACCGUCAUAAAAAGGACGCCAGUAUUUAAGUGGAACGAUAUACCAAUAUGUGGAUACCCAAGUAUUUAUCAGUAGUUGUGUUAAGAUUUACUGUGUGUUGAGUGCAGCUCACUUUAAUGGUGAUGAACCAUGUUGUAUUUUUAAACUUGACACUACAACUCUGGCACAUGGUGAAGGGCUGACUGGCUGUUAGUGUGGGUUUGGUAGUGUGUUAGCAGCCCAGUGUUGCACAGUGUGCUUUUGACACAUUUUAUCUCAACAUAUGUGAGCUGGAGAGAAGGAAGGCGAGUCUGUAUGAAACUUAAAUCUCCUUCUUAUUCUUUCAUUCUUGUCUGUUUUGAGCAAUGACCAGUGGAAAGACUAGAUUGGUUUUUCACUACAACACUCUUAUUUAUUGCCUUUCAUUGCCUUGAAUAAUGAAAGAUGGUGUUGCCGGUCCAUAUAUGGUUUCAGAGCAUUCUGACUUCUUUUUUUGUGUGUGUGAUUUUCCUUCCUUUUGGGCGUUUUUAGAGUAAGUGGAAUCAAACUUAUCUUUUGGACAUCAGUAUGGAGUCAGAGCAUAUUCAUAAUGUAAAUCUUCCCUUUUUGUUUCCCAUUUCUUGUAUGAAAACAUUACCAGAACUCUAUUAUUUAGGACCACUUGAUUUAUUUGUCCUCCACUCCAAUGAAACCUGAAGGUCAAUUGUGUAGUGGGGUAUAAAAUGCUGUUUUCUUUAUUUUGUAUGUAAACCAAAUGUAAAUGAUGUAAUAUACUGAGUGUGCCAACCCCACUCUCUCUAGAGCCAGGCUCUCUUUAAGUGCCAACGCUGUGGUCAUCAUCAAAGGACCACCACCUGAGAUGCCGCCCGCCCCCGCCCCCGUCACCCCCCUUUUUAAAUAAAACACACCAGAGACUAAAAGGAUAGAUGAUUAAGUACACACAAAGACUUUAUUCUGUAUUUAAGAUUGAAGAUUCAAAAGAUAAUCUGCUGUUUUUUUGUUUUUUUUAAGGAACUGUAAUUAUAAUUGCAUGUGCUGUUUAUUUUGUGUUUGAAGUGAGGGCUUUGAUGUAUUCAUUGAAGCAGAGCCCUCGAUGAAGGGGGUUCAAUCAGUUGGUUAUUAUCGAUAAUUGAUUUAAAUAACUCUUGCCAUAUUUUUUUAUGUGUUUUCAUGUGUUUGUUUCAACCACUGUUGCCUGAUCCUCAUUCAAACAUGAACAUGACUUACGAUCAUCGCCGCCUUCUAAGAGAGAAACAUAAUGACAAGGUAUCUGUUUUAAAUUGAAAUAAAUUUGUUCCUAUACUUGCU